GGGUGUGUUGCUGACGGCAUCCGGUGGGCGGCUUCAGAGCUGAGGUGGUUAUAUCGGCAGUAGCAGCAUGGCUGGGUACCGGGUUGAGGAGCGAGGCCGAGAGCACACCGGCACCUACCGCCUGUUCCUGAGUAACGACCAGGGCCGGUUCCUGUCUCCAUUCCAUGACAUCCCGCUGUAUGCAGCAAAGACUGAGGAUGUGUUUAACAUGGUUGUUGAGAUUCCUCGUUGGACCAAUGCGAAAAUGGAGAUUGCAACAAAAGAGCCGUUGAACCCAAUCAAGCAAGAUGCUAAGAAAGGAAAUAUGCGAUUUGUGGCAAAUGUUUUCCCUCAUAAGGGCUAUAUUUGGAAUUAUGGGGCCCUUCCACAGACUUGGGAAGACCCAAGUCACACAGAUGAAUCAACUGGAUGUCGUGGAGACAAUGAUCCUAUCGACGUAUGCGAAAUUGGAACUAAGGUAUGUUCCAGAGGAGAAGUUAUCCAGGUCAAAGUUCUGGGGACUUUGGCAUUGAUAGACGAGGGCGAAACUGACUGGAAAGUUAUUGCAAUAAACAUCAAGGAUCCUGAGGCAAAUAGUUUUAAAAAUAUUGAUGACGUGAGACGGUUGAAACCAGGAUAUCUGGAAGCCACAGUAGAUUGGUUCAGACGAUACAAGGUGCCCGAUGGAAAACCUGAAAACCACUUUGCAUUCAACAGCGAAUUCAAGGACAAGGAUUUUGCCAUUCAGGCGAUCAAAAGCACGCACAAUUUCUGGAAGGAUCUGAUAAUGAAGAAAUCCUCGGUGGGAGGAAUUAACUGCAUAAACACAAUGGUGUCUGAAAGUCCAUUCCUGUGUUCUGAAACUGACGCUAAAGCUUUUGUGGAUGCAGUGCCAGUGUAUGGAGCAGGUGAUUCAGCGCCAGCGGAUGUGGACAAGUGGUGGUAUGGCAAGAAGAAUUAAAUAGCCACGAAGAAUCAGACAUUGUCCAUAGUAGCCCAAUCCAAACAGUGAUCAGUUGUAGAAUCAUAAUUGGAAUGAAGAUAAGGGAUGAAUUUGAGUGUACCAGUAAAUGUCUAUGAUCAGUGUAGCUUCUACUUCAGAUAUGAAGGAAGUGAGUCAAUUCAAUAAAAUUUCUCUUGCUUCA